AUGGUGGGAUUGGAACUGUUCGUUUCAGAGAUUCAUAGAUCUCUGAUACACUGUCUUUGGAACAUCGAGAUGCUUCCAAGUCUCCUGAAGAGCAUUAUCAAUAUUAUUGAUAUUUUCCACAAGCAUGCAAAGAAUGAUGAAGACCCUCACAAACUUAAUAUAACAGAACUUAAGAAACUUCUCCAACAAGAGCUGGAAAAGGCUCUGGAGGACACAAAUAAUUUUGAGACAAUAGAUGAUAUCCUCCAACAACUGGAUCAAGAUGGUGACAAAACAGUUGAUUUCAGAAAAUUUAUUUUGCUUUUGUUUGGACUGACAAAAACCUAUUAUACAUGCAUGAAAACCCUUCUAUAUCCAGAAUUAAAUGAUAGAGAAAGAAAACCUGAAAUUCAAGAACAAGCAAUAGUACUAGAAGCCAAACAUUUGCAGAAAGAAAAAUUCCAAGGGCGAGAUCAGAGCCAAGAGUUCCAAGCUGUCCAGAGAGAUGAAAUGAGAGAACAGAUCCAAACACCCAGUGGUGAUGAAUGUCAUGGAAUAAGAGACCAGAGCCUAGAAUCACAACACAUUAAAAGACACCAAGAUAGAGUCCUAAAAAGUCCUGAGCCACAAGAUUCUGGAAGUCAUCAAGUGAGAGAACAAGUCAUUCCAGGGGAUGAUAAGAAGUACCAAGUAAGAAAGGAGGAGCUAAGAUACCAGGGUGUUGACAGAAAUUCAAUGAAAGAUCAGAUACCAACACCACAGCAUAAUGAAAAGCACCAAAUGAAAAUCUGGAACACAAAUUCCCAAGAUGUUCAGAAAGACCACAUGAGAGAGUAUAUCCCAACACCAAGAGAUAAUGAGAAUCAUCAAGUGAUAAAUAAGAACCCAGACUCUUGGGACGUUGAGACACAUCAGGUAAGAGAUGAGAUCACAGCACUAAGACAUGAUGAGAGUCAUCAAAUUAUAAAUCAUAGACUAGAGUCACAUAAUGUUCCCCAAGAUGAAGCAAGAUGCCUGAACCUUGAACUUCAAAAUGAUGAAAGACACCAAAGAGGAGACUUGAUCCAAAUAUGGCAUGAUAUGAGUCACCAAGUCAGAGAUCACACUGUAGAACCCCAGGAUAUUGGUAGAAACCACUUAAGAGAUGUGCCUAAAUCUCAGAGUCAUGAGCAGCACAAGAGACCUAACAAAGACCUAAGCCCUGUGACCUGGGAAAUUCUACAAAAACAAAUAAGAAGCCAAAUAUCAACACCAAGAAAUGAAGACAGUCUUCAAGUAAGAAAUCAGGAGCCAAUUUUGCAGGAUGUUCAGCAACACGAAGUGAGAAACCAAAUCACAACAACAAAUGAUAAUGUGCAACAACAAAUAAAAGACCCAAGCCUAGCAUCCCACGAAUCUGGAAGUUUCUAUGGGAGAGACCAGAUUCCAACACAAAGUAAUUAUAAGAGUUUUCAAGCUAGAGCCCAGAGUCCAGAAUUCCAACUCAAUGCAAGACAACAAAACAGGGAGCAAAUUGCAAUGUAUACAGCUGAUGAAUAUCACAAAGAAAGAAACAAAAGCUCAGGACAAAUCAGCAGUGAGAUGAAGAUUGGAGAACAGAUACCUUCACCAAGAAAGAAUGAGAUACAAAAAAGUGGAGACCAAGCUAUCGCAGCAACAAUCUUUGAGAGACAAUACCAAGCAAGAGAUCUAAAUUCACAACCCAAAUAUAGUGAAGAACAAAAUAUUAGAGAACAAAAGCAAGAGUCGGGAGAUGAUAGGGGGAAGAAAAUGAGUGCUCAAUCUUCACUAAAUGAUGAAGAGAGGCAUCCAGUAAGAGGAAUAAACUUAGAUAUUCAAAAUGGUGGAAAACAGAACAUUCAAACACAGAGACCAUCUCCAAGAGAGAAUGAAUUAUUGAGAGUUAGUGACAAGAUUCCAGUAAUAUGUGAAAAUGGGAAAUACAAGCUAAGGAUUCAACUGUCAGAGACAGAAAAUGAGGAGAAAUAUCAAAUGAGAGACUCAAGUCCAGAGUUCAGGAAUGAUGGGAAAAAUCAAUCUAAGGAAGAGAAUACAUCAGCAACAGAAGAUGAAAAGUGCCAGAUGAGAGACCUAAUCUCAGAAGUGAAUUAUAAUGAAAAAUACAAAGUUGAAAAAUAUAACUUAGAAUCUAGAAAUGAUAGGAAUCAAGUCAGAUAUCUAGGUCCAGAUAACAUCAAUAAUUGGAUUAACCAUGUAAGGGAGCAAACAUUAACUCCAUCAGAGGAAGAGAAAUGCCAAUUGAGAUAUGAAGCUCCAGCAUCAAGUUAUAUUGGGACAAGUCAAGUUGAGGAGCAGAGACCAGCUCAAGAGAAACAUGAAAGAUUCCAGUAUAGAUAUCAGUGGGGAAAUGAGAGCAGUAAAUUGAGAGACCCAAAUCCAGACCCCAGCAGCAAUGGUGUAUACCUAGUAAGAGACCUGAACACUGAACCCAAUAAUUUCAGGGAAAAACAAAAAAGGGAGCAACAAGCAGAACUGAGAAAUGAAGAGAGACACCAAGUUAGGGAGCAGAGAUCAAGUCCAAGAGAAAAUGAGAAUCAAGAGAGAAAUGUGACACCAGGACUCUUUAAUGAUGGAAAACAGCUAGAUAUGAAGCAGAUAUCAAUUCUACCAGAAUAUACAAAGGACCAAGUAAGAGGAAACACCUUAGUACCAACUCAUGAUAGAAAAUAUUCUCUUACAGAGCAGGAACCAGCUCUGAGAAAAUAUAAAAGAAUUCAACACAGAGACCAAAUUUAUGUACCCAUGGAUGAUGAUAUAAGUCAAAUGAUAAAUCUAAGUCUUGAGUCUAGGAAUGCUGGAAGGCACCAAUUUAGGGAGAAGAGACCAGAAACCAGUAAUAAUGAGAGGCAAAGAGUUAGGGAUCAGAGACAAGCUCUGGAACAAUAUGAAAUAUUUCCAUAUAGGGAUCAUAUUCCUCUAUCAAGAAAAGGUGAAAGACACCAUGUAAGAGAAGUGAGCCCACAACCCAGGAAUGAUGGGAGAAGUCAAGAUAAAGAACAGAAACCAGUUGUAAGGCAGUAUGAAACUUUCCAACACAGAGACCAAAUCUCUGAACCCAGGGAUGAUUCUAAAAGACAGGUAAGAGCCCUAAGUCCUGAACCCAAAGAUGAUAAUAAGUAUAUUAAGGAGCAGAGACCAGAAUUCAUGAGUGAUGAAGGAAGACAAGUUAAGGAGCAUAGAUUGACUUUACUAGAAUCUGAAAAUUAUCAAAUGAGAGAAAAACUCUCAAGACCAAUAGAUAAUGAGAAAUACCAUGUUACAGAGCAGAUAUUAAUUCCAACAGAAGAUAAAAGAUACCAAGUGAGACACCAAGCACAAAGGUGUGAUAAGAGACACCAAGUGAGAGAUAUGAAACAAAAACUUUAUGAUACUGAAAACCAGGUUAUUGGAACAACACCAAGUACAUAUGACAUAUUCCAACAUAGUCCCCAGGUACCCAUAUCAAGGGAUUAUGAAAGAAGAUACCAAGAGAGAGACCCAAGCCCAGAAUCUCUUCAUGAUGAGAGAAAUCAAGUUAGGAAGCUGGGACCAGUUCUGAGACAGUAUGAAAGAUUCCAACUCAGAGACCAAAUCUCAGAACCAAGAGAUGAUGAGAAAUUCCAAGUGAGAGAACAAAGCCCAGAGCUCAGUUAUUAUGAAAAACUCAAACUUAGGGAACAGAGACAAACUUCAUCAGAAGAUGAGAGGCAUCAAGUCAGAAACCAAACUCCAGCACUAAGGAAUGUUAGGAGAAACCAAGAUAGAGACAGUAGACCAGAAUUUAGGAAUGAUGUGACAACUCAAAUCAGAGAGCAAAGAUCAGUUUCCAGGGAAUAUGAAAGAUUCCAAAAGCAAGAUAAUAUCCUCGUAUCAGGGGAUGAUGGGAGAUACCUAGAGAGAGACUUAGUUUCAGAAAACUGGAGUGAUUGGAGAGGACAAGGUAGGAAUCAGAGAUCAGCUCCAAAACAGUAUGAAAGAGUCCAGCAGAGAAGCCAGAUCCCUUCCUCAAGGGACAAUGAAGGGUAUCUGGUAAGAAAUUGGAGUCCUAAAUUUGGGAGUUAUGAGGAAUUUCAGCCAAAAUUUAGGAAUGAAGAGAGACAACAAGUAAGAGAACAGAUUUUAACUCCAAGAGAAUAUGAGCAAUCCCAAGAAAGAGAACAAAGCUCAGCACUAAUGGAGAAUGAGAGAGAUCAAGUGAGAGACCUAAGUCGUGAACUCAACCCUGAUGAGAGCAGAGACAAAUUUAGAGAGCAGAGACAGAGACUGCCUCCAAAAGAAUGGCAAGCAUUGCAAUCUAGAGACCAAACCCUACCGCCAAGAGAAAAUGUAAAAUACCAAGUGAGAGAACUAGGCCCACAAACCAGGAAUGAUGGCAGAAAGGAUCAGAGGCCAGUUCCAAAACAAUAUGAAACUUUCCAACACAGAGACAAAAUUUCUGAACCCAGGAAUGAUGACAGAAGACAGGUAAGAGCCCUGAGCCCUGAACCUACGAAUGAUGAUAGAUAUUAUGUUAGAGAACAGAUACCAGAAUUCAGGAAUAAUAAGAGAAGAGAGGUUAGAGAGUAUAAAUCAGCUCAAAGACAAUAUGAAAGAUUCCAAUCUAGAAGUCAAAGCCCAGAACCAGAUGAUGAUACAAGAUGCCAACAUAGUGGCCUCAGCCUACAAUCAAGAACUGAUGUAAGCACCGAGGAGACAGGCCUUGGUCUAGACCUUAAAAAGUAUGGAGAACCCCAAGAAAGAAACAUGAGACCAAAACUUAGUAAUGAUGAUGAAAGAGAAAUUAGCUCUAGAAGAGAUUCAUCUCGAAGAAGAUCUGAUUAUGAAGCGAAAGAACCACUAAGAGAAGUACAGGAUAAAAGAUGGUUUUCCAAGCAAAAACUAAGUGAACCUCAAGGCCUAGAUGCUCAGAGAUCAGCACUCUCUGAGAAAAUUGGUCCAAUUACGUGUGAGGUAUUCUUUAUUCCUAAACAGAAAGGUAAUUGGUUAUGCUAUUGCCUACACAACCCACCUAAAAUGGAAAAUAAAGCAAAUAGGCUUACUUAUCCAGAUUUGGGGGUAGCUGAAGAUUAUGGAAGUGGAGGAAGUUACCACUACUACCCAAUUUUGGAUGCAGAAGAAUAUUUGUACCAUGGCAAGGAAGAAAGAUGUGAAGACUGUGUUGACGAUGACAAUCAGCAGAACAAAUUCAAUGAUAUUCACAAACCUGGUAACAAGAAUAAGCAGAGCUGUGGGACCCUAGAGGAGACCAGUUCCUCUGAUGAUGAAUUUUGA